CGUCAACACACGAAUGAGACGCUUUCUUCAAGCGCCAAACCAACAAUAUCGACGCCAGCCGGUCUCUCGCGGAGUUUCUGAAUGAUCUUCAUCUCCUCGAUUUUCUCCUUGAAAUAAAUCUCUUAAUCUAAGUUAUAUGCUACAUAAUUAAUAAAAAACAGAAUAAUGUGGAAUCCUAACUUGGACAUUUUCUCUCUCGCUGUCAAACCGAGAAGCUUCGCGUUUCCUUAAAGGUUUCGUCUUCUUCUUCUUUUUAAACUGGAUAUUAUGCGUUUCGUCGUCGUCGCAUCCCAAUCUUUCUUAAUUAAUUAAACCUGCUACAUUGAACUACCUCCUUCCAAGUAAAAUCAAAACAGGGAGGUAUUUUCAAGGUUAGUUCCGUCACGACGGAAUCAAUGUUCCCAAACCGACUGGAAAAAUUAUUGUAAAUAAAAAAAUACAUUUUUAUUAAAAAAACAAUAUUUUUUUGUUACUUUAUAUAAAUUUAAUGUAUAGAUAAAAUAAUUUAUUUAAUAAUAUAAUAUUUAAUGAUAAUUGUUUUCAUAAUAUAUAUAACGAAUCUAUCGAAUCAAUUGUCGAUCGAUGUGGGAGAUCGAUUUGACUCAUAUUUUAAUUUACGCAUACUUUUUAUCUUUAUGUAAAAGUAAUUACAAUUUGUGAAACAUGAAUUAAUAAUAAUUAGCUUUAUUAGUGUGAAAAACGCAAAGUUCAAAACAGUAUAUAUUAUAUAUAUUGCAGAAGCACUCAUCUUGACGCGUGAAGUUAGCGCUAGAGAUGAUCAUCUCUGGCUCGAGCCAACUUAAUACAGUUCUCUGUUAUUAGGGGUUCACAUGCCUUCCGGAACGGAACGGGACGCUGGGUUCACUUUCUUUCCGGAACGGAACGGGGCACGGGACAGAUCAGCUCCCGAUCGAGUGGCAUCGCAAUUUGUCUAAUUGAAUCCGUAAUAAUCCUGAGAUGUAUUGGCCCUGGGAGCGGAUAUCGUUGCGACGUUCGAUUGAACGCAACGAAUAUGGAACGACCGCCGCUGCUAGAACAAGUGAUAUCACAAAGUAUUUAAUCGAAGGCGACGGAGGUGGAACGACCCGGCGCUGUAUAGAACGGCAUCGCAGAUCAUAACUGGAUCAACUGGACGCCCAUCGGGGCGAGAUGAUCCCGUCGCGAGUGAGAGACCCCCGUGAUCUACGGUUCCAGCCGAACGGAAGAUUUCCGCCUCGUUACUCCGGGGCGGUAAACAGCGCGGUCGUCUGAGCGCGGGGCCAUCGAUCUUCCUUCCGUCGCGGUCUUUCUUCGCGCGCCAGGUUGAAGCCCGAACGUUAUUCACGCGGAUAAGGAGAUGGAGUGCCGCGGGGUAUCGUUGCUGCCUCGUAAUUCACGCGGUUCGUUUCCGACCUGACGGACCCAGGCGCCAAGGAUCGUCAUCAUCCUCCUCGCGAAUCAGAGAGACUCCGCGAGAGAGUGAAUAUUCGUAACCGGAUGUGCUCGAGCGGCUGGCAAACGAGCCGUGCGGAGUGGUGUGUGUCGCAAUAACUCGACUUUCCAUUCGCGCGUGGCCUUGCUCCGAACAAGGAAAGAUCGGGGCACGACGAUCGGUGACGAUUCCUUCUCGCGCUCACGACAAACGUCUCCUACCUCUGGGGGCAGCGGGUGACAUCGAGGUGCCCGCGAGGGAGGCCCGUAAGAAACCGACCAGGUGAUAGCCGGUCGAUCGAUAGCGCGGCCCACUUCCGCGAUCGAUAUCCCCGGGGAGAAGCGCAUGCAGCGGUGCGUUGCGCUCGCCCAACGUGAACGUCGUCGUCGCCGUCGUCGCCGUCGUCGUCGACGGUAAUGAUGCUGGCGUGUUAAUGGCAAUGGUGAAGUGUCCACGUCUGUGCGAUUACGAGUGCGUCGGGUGCAAUGUCAGGGCGACCGGUCGCUUCCGGUAGCCGGGAGCUGAUACGAAGAGAGGAACUCGAGGAAGAAAGAGAGAGAGAGAGACCGACCGACGGUGUUGCAAGUUGAGAGUUCCAAUCAAUGGCGCCUGAUAAUUUAAUAACGCCGCCCGUGCACAACCGUACGACGUCCGCGAGGGAAAGUUGAUUGUAAUCGACGUCACUGGCGUUAUCACACCGUGUCGAAUAAACCUGACGUGUUGUUGCCCAAGUGUGUUCACCUGACGCCGCCGAGUUGUUGUUCCCACCUCCUUCGCCAUAUAUCGAUCGAGAAUCGCGAAUUGGACGUACGCUAGUGACGUUUCACCGUGCUGUGCCGUGGUAGGAAACGCCAAUAAUUCGCGAUGCUGCCAAAGAAGGACGGCCAGACGGAGCCGUACGCUCUCGAAGACAUGAUAUCCGAUCUCCAGGCGAGGAGGCACUCGCUGGACCACGAGGACGUCGUGCAGGAUCCGGCCGAGUUGCUCAAGCAACGCGAGAGGGAUCUCGUCCUGGCGGCUGAACUCGGCAAGGCUCUGCUAGAAAGGAAUCAGGAGUUGACGAAGCAGGCCGAGACCCUGGCCGAGGAGUACUCCGCCAAAUUGGAAAGUUUGGAGCAGGAGAGGCACCUGCUGCGAAGGAGACUCGAGGAAGCCAGGGAUGAGAGCGAGGCACGAGCCUUGGAGCUUCAGGCCGAUGUGGAGACCCUCAGGAACCAAUUGGAGGAGCAGAGUGAGAGGGCGAGGAGAGCGGAGCGCGACCAGGCCACCCUCGUCGCGGAGCUGACGGCGCAAAACACGAGGCUUGCCGAUCAGCUGAGAGAGGCUGCCAAACAGGAAGAGCAGUUGCUCAUAGAGGUAAAGGUGCUGCGGGAAAAAUGCGCUCUCAGGAACACCACCCUGCAGGAUCACGUCAGCAGCCUGGAGAUCCUCAGGGACGAGGUACAAUUCGUAUCCGCACAAAGGACGGAGUUAGAGAGGCGGUCCUUGGAGCUGCGCGAGGAGAGGGCCAGGGCGAUUGCGGCCCUCGAGGAAGCCGAGGAGAGAGCCACGGCCUUGGAGCGGCUCGGCCACGAAGCGGAACACCGCGCGAGACUGGCCGAGCGAGAGAGGGAUGAGCUGGCAUCGGCAUUGGCGGGUAUCGAGACCGAAAGAAGAACCCGGUCCGGCUCGAUACAGAAACCACCGCGAUCUCUGCAAGCGGAGAUGGAGUGCGAGGAGAGCGGCAGUUCCCUCGGGGAACAGGAAGAGAGCUUGAAGACGGAAGUGGCCAGGGCGACGAAACGGCUGAGGGAGCUGUGCGCCCAUCUGAGGCGCGGCGAAGAUGACUCGGGCCUACAGAGCGACUGCGACGAGUCCAUGCUGGUGAUCAAUCUCAACAACUCCGAGGCAGAGGUAGGCACCAACGAGCGGGAGACUCAUCCUUCGCCGACGAACUGUCCGGGUGCGCUGAUAGAACUGGUCGAGGAGGUCUACAACCUCGCGCUGUCGGGUAGAGGGGCACCAGGGGAAUUGGGGUUAGCGGUGGAGCUUCACAGGGUACGAGAAGAACUGGAGAAUUCUCGAGAGCAGUACAGGAUACAGGAAGAGGAGUUGAAGCGACGCGGCGAUACCGUCCUGGAGAUGACGAGCAAAUUGAGCGUUUGCGAGGCCGAGCUGCGCGGCGUCAAGGAAGAACGUGAUAGGGCGAGGGGCGACAUCGAGCACUCCGAGUUGACGAAGGACGAGAUCGUGGCGAAGGCUUACAAGGUGCGAGAUCAGGCGGUGGCCCGGCAGAACAGGGUAGAAGUGGAGUUGGCUAGAACGCGAAUAGACAUCCUACAGGCCGACAGUCAGCUGAAGGAGGCGAUCAAGCAGAAGGUCGAGCUCAGUCAGCAGUUAGAACAAUGGCAGAUGGACAUGCAGGCGCUCCUGGACGAGCACGUGCGUAGCAAACUGACCCCGGCCUCGCAGCUCGUUGCCACGAAAAACGGCGAGAAUUCGGACGUGUCGGCGCCAGCUAGGAAGAAGAGGAGCACUAGCUCGACGAAGAAGAUGUUCGGCCUGUUUUGACGAAAGUGACGCAGCACGGUGGCUACGCUGCGUUGAGCGACGAGCGAUCGUGACUGACAUAGACCUAGACUUUCGCAUUCCUACGUACUAUUUCGCAUAAUAGUGACGUGGACGAGACGAAGAGAAGAUAGCGUGAAUUUAGGUGUUUGUCUUAAGAACCGUUCGAUUGGUCCAAAUUCUCGAUGAGCGGGAGUGCAGUGUUCCAGACAUCCCUCGCUAACGUCAUUAGAAGCUGAUACCGUACGUGUAUUGCGGACAUCUGGACUGAUCUCAAACUAGCGACUUUGAGUAACUAAAAUUAGUAACCCGGACCAGACCUCGCCUGGUCUCGUACAAACUUUGGGGACCUGUUUCUCUUCGGAAUUGAAUAUCGAAAUGUUCUCGAUGCAUAACGCGUGCGAGAAAUGUCCGCGUUGCUCACGGCAGGGUGCCUGUUACAUCGACGCUCGUGUCGAAACCGUAAUUCGAAUUUAAGUGGCGUCGCGCGCCAGAAACAGGGACGUCCGACUUUCUACACGAUUCCUCAAUCAGGGAAAGUUGCUCGCGGACAGACGUUCCUCCCAAAACGUUCCUCGAGAGCGCGUCCAAUACUGUCGCAAUCAAAUUUUUCACCCUCUUCUGCCGACACGCGCGUUUUCCGUGUCGGCCACUUUUUAUCAAACGGCACGAUUGACGUGUAAUCCAACGGACUGUCAUUAUCGUUCACUACUCGACUAUUCAUGCGAAAAGUAUUAAUGGCACAAAAUUGCGUUGCGACGCCGAUCGCUAAUGGAGUCAGCGAGAUGGACAUGUCCAUCUUCUCAUCGAAGAGAAAAAAAAAAGAGAGUCGUCGUUUCAUCCCCAAGAAAUUAAGGUUCCGUUAUGAAUGACGUCUUUUCUCCACGAUAAAUUUUCGACACGUCCAAGUGACGUUUCUAGCUCAGGGAAAUUUCUCGCGGAUGCUCUUCUAAUUUUGCUUCUUCAUUCAGCAUUUCCGCUCUCGAAAGAUCCGGAGGGACCAUUGGCUGGAAAACAAAACGACUGACCGGUCACGGUUUUUCGCUUCGCGCGGGGGGGAUGUCAGUUGUCUGAGAGAUGACGAAAGAACGCAAAAUUUAAUGUAAUCCCGGCAAGACUGAGCAGGGCAAAGCGCAGCCGCGCGCGCAAAUGAAAAUGUGUCCUGUCAUUCUCAUCAUCGUGGAACGAAUUGUUCUCCACGGUAAGAACGAUCUCCGAGUGGAAACUCCUUAUUUCGAAACGGCCUCGCGAUCACAGCUCGACGAAUAAUGAAAGGAACCGGAGCCACUCGAGUGGCACUUGCUCCGUUUCUCCCGCCGUGCGACGCGGGGAUAUCGAAUUCUUCUCUUGAUACAAAAUAUUGUGAUACGCUGUGUCUUAUGUUAGAAUUGAAGAAGAAUGUCAUGCGCUUUCUAACACGUUGCGGAGGCUUCUCACUUCUGUAAUACUAAAUUAACGAUCGUAUUGGAGCAAGAAACUAAAUCUUCUUUUUUUAAAUUUCGUCAACGGUUAAAUCGCGAAAAUGAAUAGAAAUUGAUAAGAAAAUCGUGGAUUUAUUAUGCAUGAAAUGUGUACUUAAUUGUAGUGUUACGCGCGGACUUGGAUGACUUUCAUUAUCGAAUUACCCGACCACGAAUAAUUACCGUCCGUCCAUCGUUCCGUCCGACAGGAUCAACGAAUUGAUCGUUGCGAUACAACGAGGUGAAACGAGAAAAGGAAAUGAUCAAGCGUUUUAAAGAUGAUGAAAGUCGAUCGAUCCAGCCGUGAUUCCUUGAUAUUUUAACGCGACGAUAGUGCAAUAUCACUGAACAUUUUUACGAUAUUAAUCGUAUCGACGAAUGCAACGACUGCUCCUUGAGAAUUCUGCGUUCCGCACUCGCAGACGAUCGGAUUUGAGGAGCAACGACUGCGGCGCAUUUGAUGGCACGUGUGAUUUUUUGCGUGUAGACAUUGCAUGAAGACACGCGUGUGUGCGUGCGUCGCACCUAGUGAAACGUUUGUACGUUAAUCUCCCUCUUUUUAUUUUUUUGGGGGGGCGAACGUACUAUCGAAAAUGUAUGAUAAUUGUAUAAUAAUAUCUCGAUCUGAUUAACUGCGACAACGAUAUUUAUUUAAUAAAAAAAUCUGUUUUACGAUUGAA